AUGAGGCCCCUACGUGGAUUCCUUCUGCUGCUACUCUCCGUCAACUGUGUCCAAGCUUGGUUUAAGAAAUCGCCAAAGGUUGAAAAGAAGCAGCCACCGUUCUGUACAAAGCCGCCGUUUCUAGGCAGCUGCCAACCAUUAACGCAGACUUGGUACUACAACUCUACAGAAAAGCGCUGUACACCGUCAAGUGUCGGCUUUUGCAUUGGAGGAACCAACAGGUUUGUCUCGGAAAAGAAGUGCAAAGAGACAUGCGAAUCACCCUCUAAGGCCACGCCCUCUAACACCAUGUGCUUUAAACCACCGGUCACAGUUUCCUGUGGCCAGGUAGAACAUGCUUGGUUCUUUGACCCAAACACCAGCACCUGUAAAAUGUUCACCUACAUUGCUUCCGCUUGUGGGAGUGUUAGCAACAAAUUUUGGACGGAAAUGAAGUGCCAGGCUGUGUGCUUACCAACAAAGAAGCCACAGAUAACGUGCAGCCAGGACCCCGUACUUGAUUUUUGCCUUGCACAAAGGAAGAAGUGGUUCUUUAACUUUAGCAAUAACACGUGUAUGCAGUUUCAAAAGGGCUGCGGAAGAAGUGCCAACAGCUUCUCCACGUAUGAGAAGUGCAUGGAGAAAUGCAGCUAUAACCAAAUAGCGGCGGCCUUCCCAACUAGCGGACAAAAUCUCCAAAACGAGCAACCGCUCGGAGGUAUACCCGGUGUGCCUAGCCAGGUUGGCCCACCCAGACCACCAGCCCAGCUCAGCAUACCUGUACAACCUGGCCAACCAAGUACACCCGGCUUAGGCUUAUCCAACCAACCUGGUCAUUCCGGCCUACCCAUCCAAAGCACCGGAUCAGGUGUGCCUGGUAAACCUAGCCCAGCAGGAGCUCCCGGUUCCGCCAGCUCUACAUUCCCGCCCAAUAUGUCAACGCAAUCUGGUCCAUCUAGCAGACCCGACAUGGGCUUACCCAACCAGCCUGCUCUUUCCGGCCAACCCGCUCAAAGCGCCGGGUCAGGUCUGCCUGGUCAAGCUAGCUCAGCAGGAGCUCCCGGUCCCGCCAGCACUACCUUGCCGCCGAAUCCACCAGCGCAAUCAGCUUCGUUUCAAACAUCUUCAAAGGUUGAGAAGAAGCAGCCACCACUCUGCACAAAGCCGCCGUUUAUAGGAAGCUGCCGACCAUUACCAGAGACUUGGUACUACAACUCUACAGAAAAGCGUUGUACACCGUUAAGUGUCGGAUUUUGCAAUGGAGGCAGCAACAAGUUUCUCUCUGAGAAAAAGUGCAAGGAUACAUGCUUAUGUGGCCAGGCUGCGGCUGCGAGCCCUUCAUCCAAACAAAAACAUCCAAACGAGCUUCCAUCUGGUGGAAAACCCAGUGUCCCCGAUCUGGCCCGUCCCAGCCAGCAGGCCCAGCUGCACAGCCUUCCAAUACUACUCUACCCAUCCAAUCCGGCCUACCUCAAAGACCCGGACAAGUAA